AUUUUUGGUGCUUGAUGAAGCUGAUCGUAUGUUAGACAUGGGGUUUGAGGUCGAAAUCCGUAAAAUUGUGCAAAAAUCGGAUAUUUUGGAUGAUGGAACAAGACAAACCUUAAUGUUUUCUGCCACCUUUCCGAAAGGAAUUCGUUCUCUUGCUAAAGAUUUUUUAGCAGAUAAUCAUGUUUUUCUCACAGUUGGACGAGUUGGUAGUACUACUAGUGAUAUUACACAGAAGAUUAUGUAUGUUGAGGAUCAAGAGAAACGUACUAAACUUGUGGAGUUACUUCUUAUACAACCUCCGUCUCGAACUCUCAUUUUCGUUGAAACGAAACGUGGUGCAGAUUCUCUUGACGACUUUUUAUUUAACCAAAACUUUCCUACAACUAGUAUUCAUGGUGAUC